GAGAGAAAGAGUACAUGGGGGUUUUGACUUUUGUGAAAAUGGGAAGAUCUCUGCUGCUCUUUUUAUUCCUCUUCUUGUCCGAGUGCAAAGAAAAGACUGCAUAAAACACCAAAACAGCAACAGAGCUCACAAUCUCUCUCUGUGUCACUGUCUUGUACCCCAAUUACUCUGUUUUUAUAACUAAGAUUCAAUCACUGUCUCAUUUGUGUAUAUGUGUGGGUGGGUGCGCAGACCAUGUUGAGCAAUGAGGCUUAGAUUAAAGAAAUGGGGUGUGUGAUCAGUCGAGAAGUAUCCUCGGGUAUAGUAUCCGAGGCAAAGGAGGAGAAGAGUCUGAGUGCUCAGUCUAAUAGAAAGGUAGAUGAUCUUUCAGCAAGGAAAGUAGAAAGGAACGUUGUUGGGGCUCAUAACGGUGGGAUAAAGGAGGAGAAGGAUGGUGGUGAUGGGGGUCAGAGGUCACCGGGGGAGAGAAAAAGGUCUAAGGCGAACCCCAGGUCGGGUAAUCUACCCAAGCAUCCACGAGGAGAGAAGGUUGUGGUUGAGUGGCCUCCCUGGCUAACAAACGCAUGUGGGAAGGCACUUGAUGGGUGGAUUCCACGAAGGGUGGACACUUUCCGCAAGAUUGAUAAGAUUGGGCAAGGAACAUAUAGUAACGUGUACAAAGCAACUGAUUUAUUGACGGGUAAAACUGUUGCCCUGAAAAAGGUUCGAUUUGAUAAUUUGGAACCUGAGAGUGUGAAAUUUAUGGCUAGAGAGAUUCUCAUUUUGCGGAGAUUGGAUCAUCCCAAUGUUGUGAAGUUAGAGGGUUUGGCUACAUCAAGAAUGUCAUUUAGUUUGUACCUGGUGUUUCAGUACAUGGAGCAUGACUUAGCUGGGCUUGCUGCUAGCCCAGGAAUCAAAUUCACAGAGGCUCAGGUCAAAUGUUACAUGCAUCAAUUACUAUCUGGACUUGAGCACUGUCACAACCAUGGUGUGCUUCACCGUGACAUUAAAGGAUCAAAUCUUCUCAUUGACAAUGGUGGAAUACUUAAGAUUGCUGACUUUGGGUUGGCUUCUACCUUUGAUCCAAACCGCAAGCGCCCCAUGACGAGUCGUGUGGUCACUCUCUGGUAUAGACCUCCUGAACUUCUUCUUGGGGCUACUGAUUAUGCUGUGGGCGUUGACCUUUGGAGUGCAGGGUGCAUUUUAGCUGAGUUAUUGGCUGGGAAGCCAAUUAUGCCCGGUCGUACAGAGGUAGAGCAACUACAUAAGAUAUACAAGCUAUGUGGCUCACCUUCGGAUGAAUACUUUAAAAAAGCAAAGUUGCCUAAUGCAACCUUAUUCCGGCCCCGUGAGCCUUACAAUAGAUGCAUAAAAGAGACAUUUAAAGAUUUCCCUCCAUCAUCAUUGCCCCUUAUUGAUACGCUUCUUGCAAUUGAUCCAGUAGAACGUCAGACAGCCACAGCUGCAUUAAGAAGUGAGUUCUUCACAACAGAACCUUAUGCUUGUGAACCUUCUAGCCUCCCAAAAUAUCCCCCGAGCAAGGAAAUGGAUGCUAAACGGCGGGAUGACGAAGCUCGGAGAUUAAGAGCUGCUAGUAAAGCCCAGGCUGAUGGUGUAAAGAAAACGCGUACCCGUGAUCGUGCUGUUAGGGCACAUCCUGCUCCAGAAGCCAAUGCUGAGCUUCAAUCUAAUGUUGAUAGAAGGCGUCUUGUUACCCAAGCAAAUGCAAAGAGCAAGAGUGAGAAGUUUCCUCCACCACACCAAGAUGGACAACUUGGCUUUCCCUUGGGUGCUUCGCAGCAUAUUGAUCCUGCCAAUGUUCCUCGAGAUGUCUCAUAUAGUUCAACCUCUUUGGCUUAUCCAAAAGAACGGCUCCAAACUUGGUCGGGUCCAUUGGGUGACCCUGCCGGCCUUGGUGCUCCAAGGCGGAAGAAGCAUGUUGCAGUCAGUGAACGAGAACCGUCAAAACCACAGACGGCAGCCCACAAAGACAGAAGUGCAGAUGCUCGUGGUAAAGGAAAGAACAGCAUGGUUUAAACUUUGAGUGUUUACAUCAAGAUUCAGAUCUGUUAAGCUGGAUUGCCUAUGCUCAACACAGUUUUGAUGAAGUCCUACUGCAAUGUAAGGCAAGUCUAUCAAAUCAGCCUGGCUUCUUUUCGCAUUGAAGGAUGUGAUUGAUUGGUUGGUUAAAGGUUCUGGGGGUAUGAUCAAUUUUUCAUCUAUAGUCCCUUACCUUUUCCCCACAGAAAAGAUAACAAAGAAAGCAAAAUCCUGUUCAAUUUGCUGUGACACUGAACAAAAUUCUCAUAUGUAUAUCUUCAUUUAUUUAUUUUAGUUCCAGGUUCCUCGUUUGAAAACUGAAUCCUGACUAGAAUGGUUAAAAAGAAUCUAAUAAAGGCAGCAGAGCCACAUUCUUGUGUUUUAA